AUGGAAGCCAUUCUUCUUGUCUUUGGCAAUGGCCGCCCGGAUCUCCCUCCAUACUUCUGCGCGUUGUUCGCCAUACGCCUCAGCUGGCCAAUGGUUCGUGAUAAGAGGACAGUCUGCUGGAUUAAGUUGAUCCACGGUAUAGCUCACGGUGGAUUCCCCAAUCCCCCUUCCACCAAGAAGUGGGAAUCUCAUAGGAGCGACGCUAUCGUCGUCUGCCUCGUACGGAGAGAGGUACCGCCAUUCACAAUCGCUCUUCGUGCCCCAGGCGCAGUUGGAGCAUUGGCCACCGACGAGGGACUUGAUGCAGAUGCAGCAGUGGAAUGGCCAUGGAAUGUGCUCGUCGUUCCAGUCAGUGGUUGGGGUGUACGCGAAGGUACAGUGGCGGCACAUCGUGGGGUUUCGAAUACCGAAGAAGCUGGGGAGAAGAGCCUUCAGCCGCUGGAUAUUCUGGCCAAGUUCCGCGACGAACCAGCCGCGAGGAUGAGCGUAGUCGGCUGGAAUGUAGGCAUCCUGGAGCUUGCGUCGCAUACAGCGAUCGAUGAACUCUGCGAGCACCUUGUCGUUUUUCGCAAGGGCCAAGGACUAGGAGAAGAAGGCGAGAUGCUGAGCCUUGUCGCCGACUUUGUUGCCUGGGCCCAUGGUGAGCUCCACGUAGAGAGGGUAGCCUUCACGAUAUAG